GUAAAAGAUCACUGAAAAUCGCAUUUAUAGACGUUGGUAAACGUUACAAAAUUUUCUUAUGAGUGUAUUAUAUCUGAUUUCAGUGUAUUUUGACGCGCUAAAUCCGAACCCGGUGUUUGUUUUGCCCGUACACCCCCAAAACUUUGAUUAAAUAGCGAAAAACCGUGAAAAACCGUGAACAAUCGCUGAAAAUCGUAUUCAUAGACGUUGGUAAAUGUUAGAAAGUUUUCUUAUAAGUAAAGGCGAUUAAAAUACAACUAUUUAAUAAAUCAGCCACAUAUGUAAACAUGUAUUCUAAUCUAUUUCAUACUAUUUACAGAGCCUGAAUCUUCCCAAACCUCUGGCACUGCGAGUAAGAAGAGAAAGAAGGGAAAAAAGAGGAAGAGAGAUGCCACUGUCGCUGAAAACUCUGAUGUAGAGCCUCAACCCGUCGCCAUUAAUCAAUUGCCAUUAGAUCCGAAAUAUAAAUUAGUGACACAAGAUUUGGAAAAUUUAUAUAAAAAAAUCAAGUCAAGUAUGAAGUCCAUGAAAACAAGUCUGCAGCACGAUUAUCGAGAGCGCACCGACAAUAUCCUCAGUAAUUUAGCUGCUUCGGGGAUAAGUUUAACAUCAGAUGGAAGUUUAAUCACAUUACGUGGAUUAUUAACUAAAACGACCCUAGCUGAAUUUCAAGAAUUGUACGAGAGUAUAAAAGAAGGCAGUGAGCAACUAAAAAUAUUGCCUGUAUGGAUGGUAAAAUACAUCAACUGCGCUGAGUGUUACAAGACUGCAAUUAGUAAGGUGUUGAAUUCCAUCAUGGCAAAAUCCGUUCAAAUGGAAUAUUCUGGCUGCGGGCGUGCUAUAAAAGGAGUAAAAAAACUAAAUUUUAGCGCAACGUCGAUCUUUAAAUUAAUGAAAACAUUGAAUGUUGAAAAGUUCACGGUUUCGGAGGAAACUAUUUUAUUAAGGACUUCACGAUGGUUGCCUUCUUCCAUGGGCCGUAGCGAUAACAGUAGUGUUUUCAAUUUAUAACAUUUCAAUUUUCGACUCAACAGCCGCAGCAACGACGUCGCGCACAACGUGAAAGCCGGGAAACAAAAGUCAGAGCUUACGCAGCAGCGAGAUAGCGCGUAUACGUGCUUAUAUUCGCGAUAAGUUUCCCGGAGUUGACCGACAUGUGUACCCUGUUCUCUCCGUCCGUUUCGUGCGGAAGCUGCUUUCACGGCUUGGUACACGUAGUACGACUUAGUCGACACCUGGGUAAACAUACUGUUGCCACUACGCGUAUAUCAUCGCGUGUGCGUACCGUCGUAAAGAUUCUCUCUCUCUCUCUCUCUCUCUCUCUCUCUCUCUCUCUCUCUCUCUCUCUCUCUCUCUCUCUCUCUCUCUCUCUCUCUCUCUUUCUCACUCAUUCAGUCCCUUUGGCAACCCCUCGCCUGAGAGACACUAUUAUAACGUAUAUGGAUGCAGCUAGCAUACUUGCUACUUCCGCCGAUGGUAUACGAGAGACAGCUCUUUUGCACCUACAGCGAGUACUUACCUUGAACGAAUGCUGCGUAAAUGAGAUGCCUAGCAGUUGUCAAUCGACUGUAGAUUUGAUGCAGUGAAUUCGGUAGAAACCAUUAGUGCGAAAUUUGGUGUGCUUCGCUAGCAACAAAAUGCUUUGUUGAGCUCGAAUUUGAUGGUAGCUAUUCUAAUCGAAGAAUUCGAAUGAAAUAUCGUCACUUACAAUGACUUUAAAAAUCAAAGAACUCGUAGUCGAUAGGAGGACCGAUAUCGAUUGUCUGUCGAAUCCAUUUUUUGUUGUUGUUCCAUUUCACGCGUCAUAUUUUUUGCAUCAAAGUUUUUCGAUUAAUGGAAUGCCAAAUCCACGGUUGGACAGGCCAAAAAUUUUCUUGACAGAUGAUCGAUACGAGUUAUGAAUCUUUUAUCUGGUAUAUAAAACCCAAUGGAGGAACAUCGCAUCGGUAAUGUACAACAUAAAUCCUCAGAAACACGUUUUUUUUAUAAAAAUAUAAUUUCGCAUUUUCAGCUCAUUGGCGUUGUUUAUCAUCUAAGCAAUCUAAGCAAGAAAUGAUAGUGACUCGUAAGAAGAGAAAAUGGGAUUGAAAAACUUUGUAAAUACUAAGCAGACAAUCAUUACGUGCUUUCGUCCCGUACUACGUCGUGAAACGUGAAAUACGAGGGCAGAUGCGGUGGAUCCAGAGAGAAGAAGCUAAUUUGUGAGUAAAAUUAUUCGAAUAAAAAACUUUCGGCGGGUCUCUUAUACGGCUACCAUCACUUUCUAACGGCUCGAAGGCUGGACACGCCGACUCGGACAGUUCGAGUGAGCGGGUACCCUUUUAUGACGUCAUCCUUAUGUAGCACCCGAAAGCCUAUGUGGCACUUGAAUACAAAAAGAAGAAUCUCCUCCGAAUACCCUAGAGAAAAGAACCGCGCCCAAUUUCGAAUCGUUAAAAAUACAGUCUCGCCCUGUGAUACCUGUGGCAGGGCAAGAACUUAUUUAUGUAUCGUGGGCGUUUAUAGCGAAAAAAGAGUAGAACAGUUUAACUUCAGAAGUCGUGGGGAUUCAUUCGUGGUCAUUUGCAGGAGUAGUACGUCCAAAAGUAAGUUGACGUAAUCUCCAAAUCCGGAUUCUAAAGGGAAAAUAAAUAAUUAAAUGGUAGUUUGUGGAGUUGGAUUUAUUAUGACAAAGUAUUUUCCAACUAAUUGCACUUCCUUGCAUUAUUGUUAUCAUAUGGGCAGGCAGAUUAUUAUGAAGUAUAACUAUUCGUAGAGUUUGAAUGAGAUUGUCGUAAUUAUAUGCUUUCCUCCAACAUCCAGUUUUUUUUUAUACAGUGAUUUUAUACACAGUGUGAUAUGCAGUGCUAAACUAUACGCCUUUAGCAUACAUAUCGAAAGUUUCCAUGCAAUUCUAGAAGCGCCAAGAUAGGGUAUAUUAACGAACGGUCUUUCGAUCGUGAUUAACUUUGUUCCUAUUAGGCGGUUCGUUAGCUUAUUGCUUAAUGAUUUCUGAUUUAGCUAUAGUUAGCGAUGCAUCGUAGCGAAACAGCGCAUAUCGAACAUGAAGGUAAGCUGUUUAUGCAAUUUCCAGCAUAAUCUCACUAAAUCUAAUCGUAUGUUUUAGUUCAUGUUUACUUUACGUAAAAAUUGCAAUAAUUCAUACGCGUGUGUACCUUGAAUAAUGGAUAAGUAAUCCUUUAAUACCCAUUUUUAUGGUACAGCAUUAAAAGCUGAACAGAAAAUAUGCACUAAGCACAUUUCAAAACUCGACGCUUCACACAUCUCUGACGUGUCGCAGUAUCGAUGGAAUCGAAUCAAUGAGGUAUAAUUUUUUUGUAGUACUGGAGAUAUCGAGUAACGAAAGGGAAGUUCUAUUUGUUUUACCGAAAUCGAAACUAUAGGAUCUCCUUUCAUCUCUUGACUUUGUCGACAUAUACAUGAAGUGGCAUAGACACAGUCGUAGGAUACACAGAACUUGAGACUCAAAGGAAAUGCUGUAUAUAUGUAUUCUGUACUACUACUGAAGAUGAAAUGCUUGCGCGCAUGAUAGAGGAAAGCAGGACUGUAGCGUUAUUCUUGGACCAAACUUUUCCUCGUAUAAAUAAAAGAAAGACAGCUUCCGUUUUCUUGGGACAGAUGUAGGUUAUACGAGAAAGAAAAUUCUGCUUCCAAAUAAUUGAAGAUUAAAACGAUGUAAUCGAAGGCGAUUAUGUUUUGACAUACCUUCAUUCACGCGACCGUUGAAUUCCAUAUAUAUAUAUAAGGAAUGCCCAUUGUGUACAUUGAACGAAACGUUCCGACAUCGCGAAGAAUGUCGAGAACAAAAGUACGAAAUUCGCUGCAUUGUAAAUUUCUUUGUAAAAAUCCAGUGAACUAGUUCCUCUGCUGCUUCUCUGUGAGAGAGAGAAAAGACGCGAAACUUUUUGUAAAGCUUCAAGGGGGGCGGGGGAUCCUUCGAAAUAACUGGAAUAGCCAUCCCCGACUGCGUGUAAAAUAUGCGACUUUUAAAAAUAUAAUUUCACGCAAGUUUUUUCGAAAACAUUUAUACGGAAGCGAAUUGCGCGAAUAGUAUAGCGCGACGCCGCGGGAAGCGCUUGCAGUAUACACAUCCGUUUUAUCAAUGCUAGCCUUCCAUACUUUCGGCUGGAAACUUUUCUUCCCUGCGUGCGCGGGAACGGCAACUUAUAUGAAAAAAAAACGCCCCUGCAACGUCCGAGAGUGUCAGAGUAGCUCCACCGCGUAGCAUCUGUGAAUCUCAUUCUACCGAGUCUUAUUUGCUUCUUCCAUAGAUAUAUACCACAUAGAACGUGUACUACUCGUGUCCUUUUCGUGGAAGCAGCAGCAGCAGCGCAAGCUCCUAUCUCGCAGCUAGGCAUUCUUUCUUUGCACAUCGUAAGCUUGUUCCGCCGUAACGUACUUGUCGCGGGGCGGCGCGCACUGCGGCGGUCAAACGCCGGAAACUCAUUCUUAUAUAGGUAUAUAUAUUCUUAUAUAUAAAUAUAUAACUGUGGUGGCCACACAGCACCCACUCGCACACACACGCUCACCCACUCGCACACACACACUCUCACACACGCGCGCACACAUAUACAAUCCUCACGCGCGCGCGCACGUGAAGAUUCCAGCGUUCGUGCCUCGAACGACGCGGCCCGGAUUAGAACUCGGUUUUUCCGGCCCGGCCGAGCGCAUUUGGACAAUUAAGUCCUCCGCAUCGAGGAGGCAGUAAAACGCUCGGGCCCGCGCUCGAACCCUUUUAUUGCGGUCAUCCGCACCUCAACGCGGGCGGCUAAAGCUCGCCGGCGAGGUUAUCCCUGGCGUAAUAAAACAGUAAACGGCCGGCCGUUUGGGCCAGCUGCCCUCGCCACCGACGCGCUAUCCGGACCGCGCGUGCUCCGUCCCUGCCAAUCCGAUCGGCGAUCGAGACCUUCGACGGUCGAUGCUAGAGCCGACCAGAAACAGUUCAACUGGAGCCACGACACGAGUCGCAUCACCUCCAGAUAUUGUCACGCAAAUCAACGACAAAUAAACGACCACUCCGAAACAUCAAGUUCCGCGUUAUUCGAUUUCUUCACCUCACAUUCUCCUUCACUCUCCUGCGCCACCUCACUCCCAUAUAUAUAUAUAUAUACCUAUAUAAGAAUUGGCACCUGCUGUGUCGUCCUCUUUCCUCCCUCUCUCUCUCUCUCUCUCUCUCUCUCUCUCUCUCUCUCUCUCUCUCUCUCUCUCUCUCUUUCUCUCCACACGCCACUUUUUCCCUCGCCACCGCGCCGUCUUUUAGCUCUAUUGUCUUGCUGCUUUAUUUGCGGGCCGCGCCGCGCUGUCCUUUAAUAUCUGCUGCAUAAAAAUAUAAUUCACCGUAAAAAGGAGCUGGGGUCGUCGCUGUACGCCAGAUACAUUGUCGCCGUCCGCGAGACUUUUUCUCUCUCAACUGCUACUUAAAAAAUUUACUGGCUUAAUGAAAAGAAUUAGGUUGAAGUAGGUUAUUCAUUUCGUGAUGAAAAAUUUGAAAAAAAUUCUCAGCUCGACUUCUGCUUUGCUUGAAUAUUCUUGAUAAUGCAAACGCGCAAAGCAGAAAAUGCUUUCAAUGCGCUUCGUUAUUCUUGUGUAUUAAACAUGUAAUAACGUAGAAUAAAGUGGAUUUUCAACGAUGCUUUUUUGGCCCAUCUUUUCAACGUAGUUUAUUUGUUCUUCAAGUGUGCAGGGCUUUUUCCAAAAGCUCCACUUUCGAGAUCGCGAAAGCUUAUGCUUUGAGAGAACGAAAACAAUCUUCGUACAUAGAAGGUAUACAAGAAGGGAAAAAAACAAUCGCUGAAAUUAAAAGCCAAUAUUUCCACUCAUAAAGUGUUCGCGUAUUAUACGUCUCCGCAUAAAAUAUGUAUCACUUAGCACGGUUUGAUUCUCGCGCCUCUUGAUGACGAGUUAAUUAUGACACGCCAAGAAAAGAAAGAGCGCAUGCCGUAAGCCCUUCUACGGUCUGAGAUCGAUUAGUGCGCGCAAGAGCGUCAGAUUCGUUUCGGCAUCGAUCGAGAGCAGUGUGAUCCGAAGCCUAGCCUCUAUUCACGUGUAGCUUUUUUAUUGUGCCUGUAUAGUAAUCGCUGUAAUUUGAAUUAUAUUUGUUAGUGAAUCACUCGCGUGUGAUUCCUCCCUUAUUUCUAUAAUUCGUGUAAAUAAAGUGCCUGUAAUUCCGUGUGGGCGAGACACAAGCGUGCUGUCAUCGCAUAGCGAAUCUUCGCUAUAGGUCCCCGUCGCGACGACUCGACGAGUCGUCUCAAGUCGUUCACGGAGCGAGGGCUGGACCCGUUCCCGAGACGUCGGGCCCCUGUGACUUGCUGGGCGUUGCCACCCCGGGAUAUCUCCAUCUUCUCGAUCGACAAUCUACCCAGAAGAGAGGGUGGUCCGUCACGUACAGCGCACCGAUAUUUGCGAUUUGCGGCGUUAUUGUAGGGGCUGGUCCCCGAAAUAUUAGGUAAGCGAGCGCUCUUUAAAUAUAAGGAUCGAUUAUCCACUGCGUAAGUUAAAUUAGGUAAUAAGUUUUGACUUUUGUAUUUUAUGCUUACAUAAAUUCAUUAAUUUACUUGAUAAAUAAAUAAUUUCUAUUUCACUAGCUUGCUCAGGCUUUUCCCUCUGUUCCGAGAGGGUUUUUAUGCCUAAGCAAGUUACUCCGUUUAUAUUUAGUUUAACCGCGAAA